UCGCCCGUUGUUUUGUUGUGGUAUGAUCGGGAAACUGUUAUAGGUUAUUUAUAUCUUGCUCUCAUGUUGUAGUCUUUCCAAAAUCACGUGAGAAUGUCCUAGGAGUAAGCACACGCAAUGAGGGCGAGUUUGAAAUUCCUUGACAAUUAUUGGCAAGGCCAAGCGAAUCCUCGGUCAUAGGUAGACACAGGUAAUCGUUGAAUAUUACCGAGUCAAUUCACAGGUGAGCAGAACAUCACAAAAUGGCAGACGGGACCGGAUCGCAGACGAGUCCCGGCGCGGAGAACUCGCACCACAAGUACCUGUACCUGACCGUCGACCCGCAGAGCGGUGCCGGGAAGCUUACCGCGUCGGGGAAACCCAACGGAGCGGCGGCAGCAGCGGCGGCGGCGGCGCACGCCUGCGACCAACCCGCCGAGCACAUCUGCUACAAGUGCGGCGUCGCGUUCCUGACGCGCGACAGCCUGCAGACGCACGUCGACGCACACGCCACAUACGAGUCGAUGCGCUACAGCUGCGGCAUGUGCCUCAGCCAGCUGCCGUCGCUGCAGACAAUGAUCGAGCACACCAAGGUCGUCGUGUGCACGCAGUGCAACAUGGCGUAUCCGUGUGUGCGGCACGCGCGCGCACACAUGAAGUGCCACCCGGCGCGCGGGCCGCGCGUCUCCAUACCGCGCGUCAACUCAACGGUGCCGACGCCCGCGCCAACGCCGCCGCUGGCGCCACCUGCGCAGAUGCUGCAGAGCGCGCCGGCGGUGUCGUCGAGUCGGAUCAUCUCGAUCACGCCACGGUCGACCGUCGUCGGCGAGCAGGCGGGCAUGGUGGCGCCACUAAACUUGCAGACUAGGAGCGCCGCGUACGGGCGUCCGACCUCUAGUCAACCUCAGGUCGUCGCUACCGACUCCCUUCCCGUUGCCGAGGUGAUGAUCACCGUGAAGCCAGACCCUGAUGCGCCGACGUCAGCCUCCCACGUUGCCGACGGCAGCCCAGACGGCGGGCCGACGGGCGAGGAUGGCGACGACGGCGACGCACAUGGCAAGCCGCACCGCUGCAACAACUGCGGCAUCUCGUACAAGCACGCGAACCACCUCAGCAACCACAUGAAGACGCACACGCAGGACCUGCCCUACAAAUGCCACAUAUGCGGUCUGGGAUUCGUCGUGAACUUCAAGUACCAGCGGCACAUGCAAAAGUUUCAUAGCGGCGAGACGAUGCACGAUCGGCCCUUCAAGUGCGACGUGUGCGGCUCGGGCUUCAAGCAGCGUAAUCACCUUGUGCAGCACAACAGAACCCAUACCGGAGAGAAACCCUAUAAGUGCGGAGUCUGCGGAACAGCAUUUGCGCUCCUGGGCAAUCUCAACUACCACAUGCGUAUCCAUGGAAACCUGAAGCCAUACAACUGCGAUGUCUGCUGCCAGUCAUUCCGCUCCUCCACGCAUUUGAAGCACCACUUCUCACGCAUCCACAAAGGCAUCGUUAAUCGCAACUAUUCGAAAACUAGUCAAGGUGCCUCACAGCCGGCCGACAUCGCUCUCUUCCCGACGAAUCUCGUGAACCCGCUCGAAGGAAACCCGAUCGACGCCAACGACAGCUCGGAGGAUGCUGCCGAGCCGUCUGGUCGCCACGGCGACGGCGACGACGAGCUCAUGGAGGCAGAGCACGACGACGAGGAUAGCAAGAUUCUGCAGGAGAUCCUGCGCGAGGGCGAGGUGCCGGAUAUAGCUGGCUCGGUGUAGCACGCGCGUGAGAGGUAGCGUGCAUGUGGGAGUUAUUGUCUAGCACAAUGUGACGCUCACGUGGGAGGGACUGUCCAGUUUGGUGUAGUGCACACGUAGGAGGCAUGACCAAUAUGAUGUGACACACACGUGGGAGGUACUGUCCAUUUCGAUGUAGUGCACACGUGGGAGGUACUGACCAGCACGAUGUGAUGCGCACGUGGGGGCACUGACCAUCACAAUGUGACACACACGUGUGAGGCAAUGUCCAGUUAAAUCUGACACGCACAUUGGAGGUACUGUUCAGCACGAUGUGACACGCACAUUGGAGGUACUGUCCAGCACGAUGUGACGCGCACGUGGGAGGUAAUGACCAGCACGAUGUGACACGCACGUGGGAGGUAAUGACCAGCACGAUGUGACACUCACGUGGGAGGUACUGACCAGCACGAUGUGACACGCACGUGGGAGGUACUAUCCAGCACGAUGUGACACGCACGUGGGAGGUACUCUUCAGCACGAUGUGACACACACGUGGGAGGCACUGACCAGUUAAAUCUGACACGCACAUUGGAGGUACUGUUCAGCACGAUGUGACGCGCACGUGGGAGGUACUAUCCAGCACGAUGUGACGCGCACGUGGGAGGCACUGUCCAGCACGAUGUGACGCGCACGUGGGAGGCACUGUCCAGCACGAUGUGACACGCACGUGGGAGGUACUGACCAGCACGAUGUGACGCGCACGUGGGAGGUACUGACCAGCACGAUGUGACACUCGCGUGGGAGGUACUAUCCAGCAUGGUGUGACGUCGCGUGGGAGGAAUGUGUACUCGUUGGUGCAAUCUAAUGCAUAUAGGGAAGAUGCUGUCGCUAUGUAGCGCGAAUGGAAUGUCAUAGUGUGGCGUGAGCUAACGUGGAAGGUACCACUGCGACGUAGCGAUCACGUGCAAGGUUCUGUCACUAAACAGCGUGCAAGUAGUGAGUGCUGAUGCAGUCUACUGUGCACAUGGGGUAAUCCUGGAUCUAACUUGUCGACCGUAAUAUACGUGUGCGAAGUGCAUAGCCAAGUUUACUUGCGAAUCCAACGAACACACAAAUCUGUUAUCAUAAUGCGUAUGCUUGAAUAUUAUGUAUGAUCUAUAUGAAUUGUGUAUAAUAUAUACACUAGAUUUAUAUAUAUUUUUGAAUGUUAAAACAAGAUCGACUAAAUAUGUAGUUCAGUCAGUACAGUCGCACAUGUCAGUUUGUGAGCUUGUGAGUUUGUGAGCAGAUUUGAAUGGAUGUAUGUUUUUGCGAACUAACACGUUCGCUGUGUGUUGCAUGUUAGGGCAAACAUACACUCUGAGUCUCCACCCACACACGUUUCAAUACGAUUCAAAUACGUUUACCUACCUGUAUGUGAAACCCGCCAGGUAGUUUCCUAGCAUGUUUCGUAUGUUUGGAAUAGAUAGCAAACAUGUUUGCCUAGUGAAACGCGGUUUGGGUGCCGUGUGUUUUAGUAAAUUAUCAAAGGAUUAUUAGUUCGAUAUGUUGCAUUUUAGUGAUGCGUGUAGAGUUGUACCGACAGUCAUUUCAUAUUGUCAUACACCACCAAAUGUAUAUAUUUAUUAAUGUUUAUCUUUAAAUCUCAGUAAAAUGUGGACAUGUAAAUUCAGUAGCACUUUAUUGUGUAAGUGAUUGUUUUAUGUUUUAUGUUUUGUGUUAAGGUUGGAUGGAAGAAUCCUUUUGUAUCAUCGCGUUUUUAAAAGGUUUAAAUAGGCUGAUUUGACUGUAUAUCUGAACACAUAAUCAAGUAUUCUGUAUAAAGCUGCGCCAGUGCUGAGUAGCAUAAUAAAGCACGAGGUCAAUAAAGUAAGUAGGUUGAUUUAUGUCUAGUAGCGUACCGGUAUUCAUGUUAUUAUAUAUAUGUAUGUAUAUGGAUAUAAUGGUACAUGUGAUUUAGAUCUUUGUUAGAUGUCAUUGUUUUGUGGAUUAAUAAUAAUGUCGUGCCAACCGAA